UGAACUUUUAGCGGUGGGAUGAACAAGAUGACAUCUCAUCUGGAAUUUCCGUAAUCGUGUUAGCACUAAACUUAUUAUCAGUUUUUUUCAAUGCAAUCCAAUUUGCCUUCAAAUUGUUCUUUGGAAAAUAAGUUGGAACACCUAAAUUUAUGUGGAAACUCAUUCGGAUAUGGCCAUAAUUCUUCUGCGCAAUAUAAAUUAAGGGAUAAGACUGGAUAUCCCCCAGACACACCGCAGAAGUAUGUCAAUGACAUGAAAACAGCAAGACACAACACAAGAGCGAUGUUGUUUGAUUCUGAAAGAGGCCCUUUGAGCCCGAAAGCUACUGAAAAUAAUUAUUGCAGAGCAAGUCCUAGCCCUAUGGUUAACAGACCAAGUACAGUUUUUAGCCCAGUCGGUGGACCUUCAAGUUCAUUUGAAAAAAUUCGUCAAGAUCUUCUCCAAUCAGGCCAUUUGUUUUGCGAUUCUGCUUUUCCAGCUGAUGACUCAAGUCUUUAUUACAGUCAAAGACCACCAUGUCAAAUUGUCUGGAUGCGUCCAAGUGAAAUAGUUGCUGCGAACAGCGGAGGUGGUUCCAUGGGUAUAACUCCAAGAAAGAUAUCAACACCAGAAUUCAUUGGUGAAGGUGGAAUCAAACUCGGCGAACUGAGACAGGGAGAAUUAGGAGAUUGUUGGGUAGUUGCUGCAUUGGCUGCUAUAGCCAGCCAACCGAGUCUUCUUAGUCGUACUAUUCCUACUGGACAGUCGUUUCGAGUAGAAUGGUAUGCUGGCAUAUUUGCCUUUCGAUUCUGGCGUUUUGGGCGUUGGGAAGAAGUUUAUAUUGAUGAUCGUCUUCCAGUUAAAUCUGGUGGUCAACCGUUGUUUGUACAUUCUGGACGUUUAACAGAAUUUUGGCCAACAUUAUUGGAAAAAGCUUACGCAAAACUAAAUGGGUCAUAUGAAGCUUUGAAUGUUGGACUUGUCGGAGAUGCAAUGGAUGAUCUGACUGGUGGUUUAACAGAAUCAUAUACACUUCCAGGGGCAGAAGACCACGGACUUCAACCUCCAUCCGACUUAGACGAUAUAUUAAUAAAAUCGUUUGAUCGUCGAAGUUUGAUUACAGCUCGCAUAAAGACUAAAGGAGUACCUGGUCCAGGUUUUGUCAUACCGGUAGGAUUUGUACCUGGUCAAGCAUUUGGUUUAACAGAUUGUCGAAAGCUUCGAUUGACGGAUGCAUCAGGAAGUCGUUUACUCCGUUUAGUUCGCUUAAGAAAUUUAUGGCCUUCAGUUCGUGUGGACUGGACAGGUGCAUGGUCAGAGGGUUCAACAGAAUGGCUUAGUCUUCCACCACAAGACCGUUUAAAAGUUGGCUUGGUGAAAGCUCAAGAAGAGUUUUGGAUGUCCCUUGAAGAUUUUAUUGCCAAUUUUGACUAUUUGGAUAUUUGUCAUCUAACAGAGCCACCCCCAGUAAUUUCUAAAUCUUCUAGUGCUUAUCAUUCCUUACAUAAUUUCCCAUCAGUUCACUUACGUGGUCGAUGGCUUCGAGGUGUGUCAUGUGGAGGUCGACCAUACAUCCGUGCAAGUCACUGGGCGAAUCCUCAAUUUCGACUGGUAAUUAAUUCACCUGAUCCAAAUGAUCCUGAUGGGUUUGCUACAACCGUAAUUGCUUUAAUGCAAGCUGACCGUCGUCGUCUACGUCAUCGUGCUCCUCGACUCGCAUCUAUUGGAUUUGUUUUAUAUCGGCUUCCAGCUGGUGCUAAUCCACCAAUGCCACGUGGAUUUUUUGAAACUAAUCAUCAUAUAGCUAGUGUGGAUUUUUUCUUCGAUUCUAGAGAAGUUGUUAAACGGUUAAAAUUAACACCAGGUCAUUAUCUUCUUGUUCCAUGUACAUAUGCAGCUGAUCAACCAGGUGAAUUUUUAUUACGUUUAUUAUUUGACAAUCCGGAUAGAAUUUGCGAAUCCACUUUGGAACGCGUAGAACUUAGUGGUUUAGCUGCAACUGGACCAGAGCUUGAUCCAAACUAUGAAUUAUUUCAGCCACGUCUUAGACGAUUAUUUUAUGAAGCUUCAGGUGAAUCGAUGGCUGUUGAUGCAUUUCAGUUGGAACCAAUACUUAAUUGCCUUUUGCGAGAUGAUCAUCGGGCACCAUACAGUAUGGUUAGUACAGAUGCUUGUCGAUCUCUGGUAGCCCUUCUCGAUCGUGAUGGGACAGGACGUUUGUGUGAAUCAGAUUUUCGGCGAGUCUGGGAUAUUCUAAGAUCAUGGUCUCGUCUGUUUGCAAGUUUUGAUCCACAGAGAACUGCUCAUGUAACGAGUUUGGACUUUCGAAUUAUUGUUGAACAAGCGGGUUAUACUCUUCCACACACACUAUUUUCUAAACUUGUGAACCGAUUUGUUAAUGUAGAUUGGCGUCUUGAUUAUCCGCAUUUUAUCAGCGCUAUGUCACUUAUAACAAAAGCAGUUGCAAUUUUUAAGAAUUUUGAUCAUGGUGGACGAGCUGUUCUACCCUUGGAACAAUUUGUCGAAAUCGCAAUGACAAUGUAAUUUGAAAUGGAAUAAACCAAAAGUAAUGCAUUCUUCCUCACUUUAUCUAUCUCCUUCUUUAUGUUUUUAUAUUCCUUGUAAAAAAGAAUUCAUUACUUCAGUAAUAUAUAAUCUAUUUUAAUAAAUCAGAUAACUAAUCGGUAUAUACUUCAAUAUUGAUAUUGUUACAAUAAUAAUAAUAAAUUUUUUUCUGAUUAUAAUUUCCACAAUGUUUGGUUAUUUUGUACACAAAAUCCUAUUAUUUUUAUGUUUCUAACUGAUAUCUAUACAAAGAGAGAGAGUGAGCAAAAGAGAGGUGUUAUACUUUUUAACUACCAUUAUUCCGAUUGGAUUGACAACCUAUUUAUCAAUUUGAUCAGUUCAAGUUAUUUAUUUACAUUUUAUUUAUCUCAUUUCAAUUUCACCAAUCCAUAUCUUACAACUCCUCCUCUAUUAAUACGAUAGUUAUUUAAAUAUACAGACAGUCAAGACUACUGCUGCCACUUCUACAACUACUGAUUUUGUUAUAUCAUUGAAAAGAGUUUAUCAUAAUUAUGGCAGGUAGAAUGCAGAUCAUGGCAAUUGAUAAUCGUUAUCAUAAUUAUGGACAAAUGUUUCUUUUAUACACAUUUAUUCGUAUACUCAUUCGAGCUGCUGUGAGAAAAAACAAAUAACAGAAUUAAAACCACUUAUUUUUUAAUUAUUAUUAUUUACUACUUAAAAAUUCAACUUAAUUUUUUCUCGUUAUGACUAACAUAUUAGUAACCAAGUUUAUAAAGUAUAUAGUUUUAUUGUUUUAUUGACUGUUCUACAAACAGUGCUGUUAUAACUGCUAAGAUAAAUAAUUAUGGUAAUCAUGAGUAUUAUUAGUGCAUAAUUAAAAUGAUAAUAUUUGAUUUAUUCCAAAAAGGUUUAGUAACUCUUACUCUCCCCUUGUUCCACGCUCUCCUAGUAACCACCCUAUAUUUUGUGUUCCCCUUUUCACUUCUUUUAUUUUACCCUUCUCAUUUCACAUUCUCUGUCUUUACUUUUUCGAUUUUCCAUUACAUAAAUUUCUUUUCAUAUUUCUAAUGGAGAGUUGGAAAUACCAUUUUUCCUUUAAUAUAUAAAUAUAUAUACCUAUGUUCUAAUGACUUGUUAUACUAAAAUGUAUGCAAACAACCUUUUUGUAAGUUUAAUUUAAGAAAAAUUCGCAUGUACAUUUUCCGACUACGGUUUUGCUUUUUCCAUCAAUUAUAUUUACCAUCCUUUGUUUGUAUAUACACAUUAAUUUCUUUAUCUAUAUUCUCUUAUCUGUUUCAUUUACCGUGUUAUAAGAGAAUUGUAUGUUCUUUAUUUAUUAAUUCAUAAAUUGAUUUUUGUCUUUGCGUUCUUCCCCUUCUUCAUCUUCUUUUUUUUCUUCCUCUUCUUCUUUAUUCCUCUUCUAUGUUUCUGCAUAUAAAACUGUGUUAAUUAUUGUUAUUAUGAUAAAUAUGGUAAUUCAUUUUAUACAAUAGAUAUUUUCAAUUGCGUUUA